AUGCUGGAAGUCAGAAUGGGGCAGAAUAGGCAACGUCGAUACAAGGAUGCCGUUGACGUGGCUGUCGCCAUCAAACGAACGAACAAUAGGAGAGAACGAAAAGCUGCAACUGCAGUGGUGAGAAAUGCGAAAUGUGUCAUCAACGUUAUCAGGCUUUAUGGCUUUAAGAAGACUGACUGCAAAUUGGAAAAACUGGAUGAGAAUCUAGUGAAGGAACUCGACAAAUGUUACUAUGUUAACAUUGGACGUAAAACGCAACCAGGUGACUUGGUGUCCCGAAACAGCGACAAGAGGGUCGAAAGUGAGGAGGAACGUGACGAGAUUGAGGCGUGGUCGUUUAUGGACUCCUUGUUGUUCGCGUUCACUGUUAUAACCACGAUCGGUUACGGUAACGUGGUUCCACGUACGUUUGAGGGCCGAUUCUUCGUGAUCUGUUACGGUCUUGUUGGCAUUCCAUUCACGUUGUUGGCCAUCGCCGACCUCGGCAAGUUCCUCUCUGAGCUCAUGACCAAGUGCACAAAAAUGGUGGGAAGAAUGAAAAACCGAAUUCAAGAAAAUUGGCGAACGAGAACAAAAUUGAAAAAAUCGCGUUACGAGGCUUCCGGAAAUGCCGUUAGCAAGUGUAGAACGAUGUUGGAGAAAAGUCAAAGCCAAGAAGACAUCGUUGCACUUGAAGAUGGAAAGGUAGGAACAUUCAUUAUUUUUUCCGGGAGAUUAGAUAGUAGAGCUAAAAAUAAGUCGCUGGUCGUUGUUGGACCAGCUGCAUCACCCCUCUCCUAUAACUAA